GGAUCUAAUGCAAUUAGUUGACUCACAAUUUUCCGACCGUUUAGAUAUAUUCAUCAGAAAGCAUUUUAGCUCGAAAUCGAUAUUCCUAGAUAAGAAAGUUAUCCGUGAUUAUUGUGAUUGAAAAUGUCUUCCAAAAUUUUUCUAUUUUCCAUUUGUUUGUGCUUAGUGUUGACUCUCGUUGCGAGUGAUGCGCAUGAGGAAUGCAGUUACACCGAAUUUCAGUGUGAAAGUGGAGAGUGCAUCCCCAGAACCGAAGUUUGUGACGGCCAUGCGAAUUGUCCAAGCGGAGAGGAUGAGGACGAUUGCUGGAGGAAAUAAUAACCCAAUUUAAAUAGAGUCCUAAAGCAAUUAUCAGAUCUAUAUGUAUUCGUUUCUCUUAAUCACAUAUUAAAGCAGAUAUUUCUCAUUCAUAAAGUGAAA